GAAGAAGGAAGGAUCAAACCAACAUUAUCAAGUAGGAUGACAAAGUUGACUAAGCAAGUAGAGUUGCAAAGCCAGUUGGGAUUUGGGGAUCAAACCCUUAAAAAGAAUGGCUUUGAAAACCAGGUUGAUUCAGGGAAGAAGAAGAAGGAGGAAGGAUCAAACCAACACUAUCAACAGCAAGGAAUGACAGAAAACGGAAUCAAUACCUCGAAUGAAGUGGUCAUUUCUAUAUGGGAUCAAAUCCAAACCCAAGGAAAUCUCACAAAAGAUGAGUGCGAGAAUCGUCUCAUCAUACGAAGAGUCCCCCCUCUUCUACGAAGAAACAAAUUCUACAACCAAUUUUACGAUCCAAAGAUAGUUUCUAUCGGUCCCUACCACCACGGCAAGCCGGAGCUGCAGAUGGCGGAGAAAUUCAAGCCACGGGUAGCUCAACUCUUGUUUCCGAACAAAGACGACGUUGACUUUCUCUAUAACAAAAUCCUCGAAAUCGUCACAGAGUUGAAGAAUUGCUAUGAACAACAACAACAAUUGAAUGAUCGCGAGUUCGCCCAGAUGAUGUUCUUAGAUUGUUGCCUCAUUCUAGCCUUAUUGGAGCCUUGUUUUCCCCAAUCACCCUUUAGAAAUGGACAACCCAUGGUCAUCUCUAACUUCAACCUCUCGUUUACCUCAAUGUCUUACGAAUCCUUCUUCCUACUCGAGAAUCAACUCCCCUUUCGCGUUCUCGUUCUCGUCACCCGACGAUUGUUAUCGAUCGACGAUGGUGAAGCCACUAAACGCAUCUUUCAAGCAGUUGAUGCCAUGCCCGGACUCAUGUUGCCUAAAAAGGUAACGGAGUCGGUGGUGUCGGUGUCGGAGUCAGAGGAAGCGCUGCCGCCGCCGCCGACGACGAUAAUCCAUCUCUUCGAAUUGCAUUACCGUAAAAUUGUGCCUAAUCCGUUGCCUUGGUACGAAAACCGCCGCCUGAAUAUUGAGGAUCUAGUUUUCAAUUACCGUUCAGUUACAGAUCUGAAAUCUAGAGGAAUCCAUUUCCGGCGAAGCAAAAGCGGUUUGUUAGGAGACGUAAACUUCACAUCGUACAUAUUAUGCGGUAAGCUUGAAAUAUCGCCGAUCUUCAUAAGUUCAAACUUCGAUAUAAUGAUAUCAAACACGAUCGCGUACGAACAAAGUCCGUAUGGUCCGCCGAUGAGGCCGCAGUUGAUAUCGUUCUUAACAUUCUUGCAAUCGUUGAUCGAUAGUCCGGACGAUGUGAAGGAGUUGAGAUCUAGACGGAUAAUCAACACAUUGGGGAUGAGCGACGAGCAGGUGGCGAACAUGUUUCAGAAGAUGAACGUGGGAAAAGACGAUCCGAAUAUGUAUUAUACGGUGAGGAAGAAAAUCAAUGAUCAUUAUAAUAAUUGGAUGAAGACGUCAAUGGCUCAUCUGAGGAAAACCUACUUCAAUACUCCAUGGGCAUUCAUUGCAUUUGUGGCUGCUGCAACUGCUCUUUCAAUGGCUAUUGUUCAAGCCUACUUUACCAUCCAUCCUGUUCAAUCAAACAACAAUAAUUAACUUUAAUGUAUCAAUUUU